GUCUGAGCACCUCAGGAUGUGGGUCAAACCACGUUGAGUUUGAGUUGUGUUCCAAAUUAAAGCCUUGAAAUAUAGUUUUUAUGGACUAAAGCCGACUUUUUCCCGUCACUGGACUUUUUAUCUGUCAGAAAAAUGGAUUUACGCGGCGCCAGACGCGCAGGAUUUGUACUUUUGAUGACUCUGUUUUUCAUCCUUCUGAAUGGAUCCGGAGGAGAAGUUCCACGGCCCACACCCGGGGUGACGAUUCUUCCCCCGAUCAAGCCCGGGGAGGACGGCCCCCAGGCCUACCCUGAUCCGCAGAAAGACAAUUUACCCGUCUUCACCAUGGACUACCCCAGAAUCCAGAUCCCCUUUGAGAUCACUCUCUGGGUCCUGCUGGCAUCUUUUGCAAAAAUUGGGUUCCAUGUUUACCACAAGAUCACCAUCUGGGUCCCAGAGUCAUGUCUGCUGAUCAGCAUUGGGCUGAUUGUGGGGGGCAUCAUGCACUCUGUGAAGGAGGAGCCCCCAGCUGUGCUCACCAGCAAUGUCUUCUUCCUCUACAUGUUGCCCCCCAUCGUCCUGGACUCCGGCUACUUCAUGCCCACCCGACCCUUUUUUGAGAACAUUGGCACGGUGCUGUGGUUCGCGGUGGUUGGCACCCUGUGGAACAGCAUUGGCAUCGGCAUGUCUCUGUUCGCCAUCUGCCACAUCGAAGCCUUUGGAGUUCAGGACAUCAACCUGCAGGAGAACCUUCUGUUUGCCACCAUCAUCUCGGCGGUGGACCCCGUGGCCGUGCUCAGCGUGUUCGAAGACGUGUCCGUCAACGAGCAGCUCUACAUCGUGGUGUUUGGGGAGUGUCUCUUCAACGAUGCCGUCACUGUGGUGUUGUACAACAUGUUCAACUUCGUGGCGGAGAUGCCUGUGGUGGAGCCGGUGGAUGUGUUUUUGGGCGUGGCCCGCUUCUUCGUGGUCGGCCUCGGAGGGAUGGGCUUCGGAAUCCUCUUCGGCUUCGUGGCCGCCUUCACCACCAGGUUCACCUCCAGGGUGCGCGAGAUCGAGCCGCUCUUCAUCUUCAUGUACAGCUACCUGGCCUACCUGGUGGCCGAGCUCUUCGCCAUCUCCUCCAUCAUGGCCAUCGUGACCUGCGCCCUCACCAUGAAGUACUACGUGGAGGAGAACGUCUCGCAGCGCUCCUGCACCACCAUCCGCCACGUGGUGAAGAUGCUGGGCUCCAUCUCCGAGACUCUCAUCUUUUUCUUCCUGGGAGUCGUCACCAUCACCACAGAGCACGACCUGAACUGGGGCUACAUCCUGUUCACGCUGCUGUUCGCCUUCCUGUGGAGGGGGCUGGGGGUGUUGGUGCUGACCCAGAUCAUCAACCCCUUCCGUACCAUCCCCUUCAACCUCAAGGAUCAGUUCGGUCUGGGCUACGGUGGUCUUCGAGGGGCCAUUUCUUUCGCCCUGGCCUUCACCCUCCCCGACAACAUCGGCCGCAAGAAGCUCUUCGUCACCGCCACCAUCGCCAUCAUCAUCUUCACCGUCUUCCUCCAGGGCAUCAGCAUCCGUCCUCUGAUCGAGUACAUCAACGUCCGCAGGACCAACCGGAACCUGGACACCAUCAAUGUGGAAAUCCACUGCAGGAUGAUGGAGCACACCAUCGCCGGCAUCGAAGAUCUGUGUGGACAGUGGAGCCACUUCUACUGGAAGGACAAGUUCAUGAAGUUCAACAAUCGAAUCCUGCGGAGGAUUCUGAUCCGGGACAACCGAGCGGAGUCCAGCAUCGUGGCGCUGUACAAGAAGCUGGAGCUGCAGAACGCCAUGGAGAUCCUGGACAACGUGUCCGCGGACAUCAGCGCUGCUCCGUCCAUCGUGUCGCUUUAUGAGGAGAAGAAGGUCUCCACGAAACCAAAGAAGAAGUUCUUGGCUCCGGACCUGAAGAACAUGCACGACAUCUUGUCCAAGAACAUGUACAAGAUCAGACAGCGGACCGUGGCGUUCACCAGCAAGCACGCGCUGCCCAACGACACUCACACCAAAGAGAUCCUGAUCCGGCGUCACGCCAGCAUCCGACGCAGCAUCCGACCAGGAAGCUUCCAGUCACCAGUGAUGCCCAAAUCCCAGAAGUACUUCUCACUUCCUGUUGGACAAAGCUUGCACUCCAAAUUCCCUGUGUCCAGAUCCAGCAAUUUAGAUGAUCAGGAAACCAUGUCCGAAGUGGCCUACCCUGCCAGACGGUCUCGUUUUAGUCCGCCCGCUCGAGCCUCCUCCUCCAGAGCCAUGAUGCCUUUGCACAGACUGGACACUCUGGCCGAGGUGACCUCGGUGGACGUCCUGGACGAGAGCUCAGGCGAGAGGAGCAGAAGAGGGAGACCGGGCUCCUCCUCCAGUGACCUGCCGCGACGCCAGCCCCUCCUGCUGCCACGAAAUGACGACGGCGCCUCGGACAACUUUAGAAACGAGCAGCAGCCUUCAACUCCGGCCUGGACAGCAGAACCCAGAGAGGACGCUGUUCGAAACCCUCUGCUCAGAAGACCUCAGUGGAUCCCCAAGAAGAAGUGAUCUUCUGAGGGAUUUUGAGGGACAAAAGGAUCACACAAACCUGCACGGGAUGCUGGUUUCAAAGUGGAAAAACUGUUACAAAACUGACAUCUUUAGCGCCCUCUGGUGGAGCUUCUACAUUUUGAACCCAGGACCGUACAAGACUUGCUAGAUUUAUAAAUGGGUCUGAAAAGGCUUGAAAUGGAACAAUUUUGCUUCAUUUUUAAUUGUAAAUAUUUUUCAAAUGAUUGAUUUACUUUUUUUAUUUUCAGGAAACCGGAGACAAGUUUUUAGAAGUCACUGACCUGUCAUCCAUGUUUAACAGUUUUUAAGUUGUC